UCCUGCCUUAUCUCCUCGCCGCUCUCCAUCAGGCGCUGAAACUUUGAUUCCACAAAAGGAUAACAAAGUCCAUGAAGCCGCACGAGGUUGGCAACCAACAAGAAGGAGGGCGGGAUUGGAAGGUACCGCCCAGAGGCUCUGCGGGGGGAAAGCAAGUGGGUUGUGACGAAGGAGGUGCUGGCCGUCGUGUGUAUGUCGCCGUUUGCAAACAAGACUCGGCUGAGGCGCUAAGAAUAGAAAACGCCACUGGAAUUCACUUUGCAAUUAACAGCUGCUCUGCUGCAUUCAAGGACAGGUGAGCUGUGAAGAGCGUUUUUUGUUCCAGUGGAGUGGAAGCGUUUAAAAUAAAAGAGCAGAAACACCGUCGCAGAUGCUUUCUUUUCCAAAAAUGAAUUUUGCUUAUGAGUUUUCCUUUUCAGCGGUGACUAUUGUCUUCUUUACAGUGACAUCUAUUCUAAUUUCCAUACACAUUUUAAUGACUAGCAUGAGAAGAAAACAACCACUUCCCCCAGGACCUUGGUCACUGCCAGUUUUGGGUAAUCUGCUGCAGCUAGGAGAGUAUCCUUAUGUCUCAUUUGACCAUAUGAGGAAGAAAUAUGGAAAUGUGUUUCGAAUAAAGCUGGGAAUGGUACCAGUCGUGGUAGUAAAUGGUUUUGAUGCCGUAAAGCAGGUGUUGUUGAGAGAUGGGGAGAGUUUUGCUGGCCGCCCUGACAUGCAUACCUUUUCUUUCUUUGCCAAUGGAGAAAGCAUGUCAUUUUCAGUGCAGUAUGAUGAGCAAUGGAAGCUUCAGAAGAAAAUUGCCGGCAAAGCUUUAAGGUCCCUCACCAAAUCAGAAGCCAAAUUGUCAACUUGCUCUUGUCUUCUUGAAGAACAUGUCUGUGCUGAAGCCUCAGAACUGGUGAAAACCUUUGUGGAGCUUUCAGCAAAGGAUGGCAGAUUUGACCCCUCUGCUGUUAUCACCUGUACUGUGGCUAAUGUAGUCUGUGCCCUCUGCUUUGGCAAGAGAUACAACCACACCGACAAAGAGUUUUUAAGUGUCAUUAAGCGAAAUCACGAUUUUCAAAAAGCCUCCAGUGUUUUCAACCCAGCUGAUUUUAUACCCUGUCUUCGUUACCUUCCACUCCCCAAUGCAAAAGCUGCCCGUGAAUUUUAUGGGAACUUCAAUAAAUUUGUCACCAAGUGUGUUGAAGGCCACUGUGCUACAUAUGAUGAGAACCAUCUUCGAGACAUCACUGAUGCUCUGAUAAGUGUAAGCAAUGAAAAAAACCCUGAUGGGAAAGCAGCAGCCUUAUCUAGUGAGAAAAUAAUAAUUACUGUUAAUGAUAUUUUUGGAGCAGGCUUUGGUACUAUGUCAGGAUGUUUGCAGUGGAUCUUCCUGUACCUGAUAAAAUACCCCAAAAUACAAGCAAAAAUUCAAGAAGAAAUUGAUGGAAAGAUUGGACUAAAACUACCAAGGUUUGAUGACCGAAAAUAUUUGCAUUACACAGAAGCAUUCAUCAGUGAAAUGUUUAGGCACACCUCCUUUAUACCGUUCACUAUUCCUCACCGUGCUACCAAAGACACUACUCUCAAUGGGUACUGCAUUCCCCAAAACACAUGUAUCUUUGUGAAUAUGUAUCAAGUAAAUCAUGAUGAAACUUUAUGGAUGGAUCCUUAUGUGUUUAAACCAGAGAGAUUUUUGAAUGAAAAUGGAGAACUCAGCAAGAGCUUGGUUGAGAAAGUUAUGAUUUUUGGAAUGGGGAUACGAAAAUGUUUGGGAGAAGAAGUAGCCCGCAAUGAAAUUUUUGUUAUCCUUACCACUGUCUUGCAACACCUGAGGCUAGAGAGGCCUGCUGAAGGCUUGCCAUCAACAAGUUGUCUUUGGGGGAAUUUCCUAGAUCUACUACCAUUAUUACCACCACCACCACCCCAGACACAGUCAACAUCUAGCUUGAUAGGGAUAGAAGGUGUUUUUCUACAUAUACAAAUUGAAAACUGAAAUUAGUAUGUGAACAACAAAGAGAAUAUGUAACAGAGAGAGGAUGAGAAAUGUCAAAUCAAAAGCGAAGCAUAUGUAAGUUAAAAGUUGAGAGGGAGUCAGAUGGUUUUAAAAAGAAAGAAAAGAUAUAUCUGAAGACUAAUCUUAAAGCUGCGCUCCAUCAGAAGAAAUUGGUAUGGGACUUCUAACGACAAGUUGUUUGGCCUCAUGACAGUUUCACAGAUUACAAUUUUCUGUCACGAAAGUUGCAGUAUUAAACACACGUAUUAAGAAACAAACCUAUUGAACUCAGUGGUAUUUAUUUCUGAAUAUACAUGCAUGGAUGGUUCAGGCUAAUCUAGUCUCGUCAGAUUAUGGAAGCUAAGCAGAGUUGGCCCUGUUUAGUACUUGGAUAAGAAACCAGCAAGGAAGUCCAGGGUCACUUCACAGAGGCAGGCGAAGGCAAACCACCUCUGUUCAUCUCUGGCCUUGAAAACCCGAUGGGAUCACUGUAAGCUGGCUGUAACUUGAUGGCACUUUAUGCACACACUCGUGUUGAGAAUUGCACUGGGAGUUGCUCAGUUAAGAAAAUCAUUGCUAAAAGGGAUGUAGUUAAAAUCCUUUUUGCAUUAUUAUUUUAAAGAAUAUUGCAGCAUGGCAAGCCGUUUUAAUAUUAUAUCCUGGCUAUCUUUUAUUAAUGACCUCCAGGUUCUGCCUUGAGUCUCCAGCAGGCUAAUUCAGUUGUACACUUUUUCAAAAGGAAGUGUUUCAAACUGCAUUUGUCUGAUGUUUUUAAUGUUCUUAUUUUGAACUUUUGAUCAUGUUUGUUGCUGCCUAUGAACUUACUGUGAUGCUUCAAUAUAUAAAGUAAUAAAUACUGUGUCACCCUC